UUUGCUGUCACCGUUGACAGAUCUCAACCGGCUGUCAAACGGCACGACUCGACGCAAAUCGCCUGUGGUAAUCAAAUCCGCAAUUCAUUGUACGUUCUUCACCAAGCAAGGCUUUAACCGUGUUUUGAUACAGCAUUCUGCCCGGUUUUGUUAGCGAAUAACGAUAUUCUCGAUAGUGAUUGACCAUGUCGUCCCGAUACGAUCGCGCCAUUACCGUCUUCUCGCCUGACGGUCAUCUGCUCCAGGUGGAGUACGCCCAGGAAGCGGUUCGCAAGGGCUCGACCGCAAUCGGUGUGCGCGGUAAGGAUGUUGUGGUGCUUGGCGUGGAAAAGAAAUCGGUCGCCAAACUGCAGGAAGAGCGCACCGUCCGGAAGAUCUGUCUGCUCGAUCAUCACGUCGUGAUGGCUUUCGCGGGCCUAACAGCGGACGCCCGCGUGCUGAUCAACCGGGCCCAGGUACAGUGCCAGUCACACAAACUCUCGGAGGAGGAUCCCGUUACGCUGGAGUACAUCACCCGGUACAUUGCCGAGCUGAAGCAGAAACACACGCAAAGCAACGGGCGCCGUCCGUUCGGCAUUUCCUGCCUGAUCGGUGGCUUCGACUACGACGGUGUGCCGCAUCUCUACAAAACCGAACCGUCCGGCGUGUACUGCGAGUGGAAGGCAAAUGCGACGGGCCGGUCGGCCAAGACGGUACGCGAGUUUCUCGAGGAGCACUACUCGCCGGCCGCAGUCAGUACGGAGGAGGGUACGAUCACGCUCGCCAUCCGGGCACUGCUCGAGGUGGUACAGUCCGGACAGAAGAGCCUGGAGGUGGCGGUGAUGAGGCGCGACGAACCGAUGAAGAUGCUGGACGCGCAAACGAUCGAGGAGUACGUGAAAAAGAUCGAGCUAGCGAAGGAGGAGGAGGCGGAGAAGAAGAAGGCGAAGAAGUGAUUCGUCCCCGCGGUUUCGCGGUAUCUUUUUUUUCUUACGUCUAAUUUCGCGCAGGACUUUAAGUACGAGGGCCAAGUCUGUUGUGGUGGUUGAUAUAAAAUAUUGCAUUGUAAUCACUACUGAAUACACUUGCUGAUCAUAAUGAUGA